UUGCAAAAGAACAAUUAUUUAAAACAUAAUUAUGGCUAAAUAGUAAUAGUAAGAGGUGUAUGAAAGAAGAAUCACAUUUAUUUUAGUAAUACGUACCAUACUGUGUAUAAUAUAAACAAACCUUGAAUCAAUUUAUAUUGCUGGCACUUGCGUCAUCAGCUAUUGAAACAAUGAAGCCGGAGAAUAUCGUUAUAAUGAAACCAGGAAUCUUAGUAACUGGUGGUGCUGGGUACGUGGGAUCACAUACAGUCGCGGCUCUCCUCGAGAGACCUAACACAGAUAUAGACGUCGUUGUAGUGGACAAUCUCUCAAACGCGUACAAAUCUGAAGGACAGAAGAAACCAGAAGCAAUUAGCAUUAUAGAAGAAUUGACGGGGAAGACGAUACAUUUCUAUGAUGUUGAUAUCAGAGAUGCGAAUGCUUUACGUGAAGUUUUUGAAAAGCACGACAUAACCUGCGUGAUUCACUUCGCGGCGCUGAAGGCAGUGGGUGAAUCUGUGCAGAAGCCGCUCGAGUACUACCAGGCUAACAUAACUGGCACAUGUACACUAUUCGACGUAAUGCGUGAAUUCGGCGUCUACAAGUUGGUGUAUAGCUCAUCUUGCACGGUCUAUGGGGAACCGGAGUCAUUGCCGCUGGGUGAAGGCCAUCCCACAGGACGCGGUCUCGCCAGCCCAUACGGCAAGUCAAAGUACUUCUGCGAGGAGAUCAUGAAAGAUAUCUGCAGGAGUGAUAGGAAAUGGUCAGUGAUAUCUCUGCGAUACUUCAACCCUGUGGGCGCACAUCGCAGCGGUCGUAUCGGGGAGGACCCCGCCGGUAUACCCAACAAUCUCAUGCCAUUCAUCGCUAAGGUGGCUGUGGGUCGUUUGAAAGAACUUCAGGUGUUUGGUUCUGACUAUCCUACAAUAGACGGUACUGGUGUUAGAGACUACAUCCACGUGGAGGACCUCGCGGAUGGUCAUGUGAAGGCCAUCAAACUCUUCAGUCAAUCAGGAUUUAAUGGCUUUCAUGCUGUUAACUUGGGCACAGGCACUGGUUACUCAGUGUUACAGAUGGUGAAAGCAUUUGAAGAAGCCAGCGGCAAGAAAAUACCUUAUAAAAUAGUUGGCAGGCGCGAGGGAGAUAUCGCCGCUAACUACGCGGACGUCUCGCUCUCGCACAGGAUGCUCGGCUGGCGUGCGACAAGGACGCUGCGAGACAUGUGCGCUGAUACUUGGCGUUGGCAAAGCAACCACCCAGACGGGUAUAAAUCUACAUAAAUAUAUCUAAAUAUUUUUAUAGAUGUCUUUAGAGCAGGGAUUUUAAAAGUGAUCCAGGAUUCUUAAGAGUCGUGUACUGUAGAU